GCAGCAACACCAACAGGAGCAAUCCAUCCUCCGCAGAGCUUCACCUUCCUCUGUACUGUCUACAUCCCGCAGACAUGGACGUGGAAGUGCUGAUGUGCACGGCGCUCUUGCUCUCCAUCCUGCACGCCUUUGCGCUCUAGCCGUGCGCUCCCGGUUCGAGGCACAUUCCACUGCUGACCAGAAAGGGACUGUUUUUUAUUCUUUGCUGAGACAUCACUGUGUAGGAGAGAGAGGGGGGACAGCAGAGAGCGAGCAGCAAAGGAGACCACACUGUCGGUCGUGACAGCAAAGGCCGUUUCAGAAUAUCUGGCAACUGAGAGUGGCUUUUUAUCCUCCAUGAUGGCGAGUGACUCUCCAGCGCGGAGUCUGGACGAAAUCGACCUAUCUGCUCUGAGGGAUCCUGCUGGCAUCUUUGAGCUGGUUGAGCUGGUAGGGAAUGGCACCUACGGGCAGGUGUACAAGGGUCGCCAUGUUAAGACGGGGCAGCUGGCAGCCAUCAAGGUCAUGGAUGUCACCGGGGAUGAAGAAGAGGAGAUUAAAGCAGAAAUUAACAUGUUAAAGAAGUACAGCCACCACCGGAACAUCGCCACCUACUAUGGAGCUUUCAUCAAGAAAAACCCUCCUGGCAUGGAUGACCAGCUUUGGCUUGUGAUGGAGUUCUGUGGAGCUGGUUCAGUGACAGACUUGAUCAAAAACACCAAGGGCAACUCUCUGAAGGAGGAGUGGACGGCUUACAUCUGCAGAGAGAUUCUCAGGGGUCUGACUCAUCUCCAUCAGCACAAGGUCAUCCACAGAGACAUCAAGGGACAGAACGUCCUGCUGACGGAGAACGCUGAGGUCAAACUAGUGGACUUCGGGGUUUCAGCGCAGUUGGACAGAACAGUGGGAAGGAGGAACACAUUCAUUGGGACCCCGUACUGGAUGGCUCCAGAGGUUAUCGCUUGUGACGAAAACCCUGAUGCCACAUAUGACUUCAAGAGUGAUUUGUGGUCACUUGGAAUUACUGCAAUAGAGAUGGCUGAAGGAGCUCCACCCCUGUGUGACAUGCAUCCAAUGAGAGCCCUCUUCCUUAUUCCACGCAACCCAGCCCCCAGACUCAAGUCAAAGAAGUGGUCAAAGAAAUUCCAGUCUUUCAUAGAAAGCUGCUUGGUGAAAAGCCACAGCUAUAGACCCAGCACAGAGCAGCUCCUCAAACAUCCAUUCAUCAGAGAGCUGCCUAACGAGAGGCAAGUCCGCAUCCAGCUAAAGGACCACAUCGACCGCACCAAGAAGAAGAGAGGAGAGAAGGAUGAGACAGAAUAUGAGUACAGUGGCAGUGAAGAGGAGGAUGACGGAAGAGAUAUGGGUGAACCAAGCUCCAUCAUCAAUAUCGCUGGCGAGUCGACCCUGAGGCGAGACUUCUUGCGCCUCCAGCUGGCCAAUAAGGAGCGUUCCGAAGCACAGCGGCGACAACAGCUGGAACUGCAGCAAAAUGAGGAGCACAAGCGCUUACUGUUGGCCGAGAGACAGAAACGCAUCGAGGAGCAGAAGGAACAAAGGAGGCGGUUGGAAGAGCAGCAGCAGCGGGAGCGGGAGGUGCGGAAACAGCAUGAACGUGAGCAGAGGAGACGCUAUGAGGAAAUGGAGCAGCUCCGUAGAGAGGAAGAGAGGAGGCAUGCAGAGCGAGAACAGGAGUAUAUCCGUAGGCAGCUGGAAGAGGAACAGAGGCAGUUAGAGAUUCUCCAGCAGCAGCUACUGCAAGAACAGGCAUUAUUACUGGAGUACAAGCGGAAGCAGAUUGAGGAGCAACGGCAGGCAGAGCGUCUACAGAGGCAGCUCCAGCAGGAGAGGGCCUACCUGGUGUCUCUACAACAGCAGCAGCAGGAGGGAAGGCAAGCAGAGAAGAAACAGCUUUACCACUACAAGGAUGUCAUUAAUCCUAAUGACAAGCCUGCCUGGGCUAAAGAAGUCCAGAAGCAGCAGCAUGCUCAUGGUAACUCACCUUGCUCCCCCCUUCGACAUCACCAGUCAUUCAACCAGCCAGCUUCAGCCUUCAGCUCUCAUGGCCAACCCAGAUCUCAGCCCCCUAGGCAAACCCCAUCCCAUGGUGCCCAGUUGUGCCCCCCUUGCCUCCCUCAAAUAUGUAUUUCAUUAGAUUCUGGGGAAAACUUAGACAAAAAGUUGAAGGAGGAGAUUAGUCAGCAAAUCAGAGAGUUUAGGAGGCAGAGCCAGAAGGGCCAUAGCCCAGGGUCUGUUCAGGAGGACAAUGAGGGCCCUAAUAAGAGCAAUAAAGAGCGUUCUUGUCGAGGGCCAGUCAGUCAGUCUGUUUCAGUUCCCAAACCUUAUCCACCUGGGCCAAGUAAUAAAAAAAAUAAGCCCAGAGACAGACCUGUAUCUGCCCCCAGUCAGGGCGUAAUGUCUCCAGACCAACAGGUUCAGGCUCUUCAGCUUCAUCCUCAGGCUUCAGGACAAGUCCAGACUUCCCAGUCCAGAUUCAACCCUGUUUCCACUUCUGCAGUCAAAAGGGUGGAGGAGCGAUCUAAGCUGAACAGACAGAGCUCCCCAGCGCUGCAGCACAAAAUGUCCAACCGCAUCUCCGACCCCUCCCUCCCUCCCCGCUCCGAGUCCUUCAGCAGCGGGGGCAUGCAGCCCGCCCGCACCCCACCCAUCCACCGCUCCAUCGAACCACAGAUGGCUCACCUGGUUCCUGUGAAGACCCAAACUAGCUCCAUGUCCGGCUCUCAAUCUCUACAGGACCAGACAGGCUCCGCUAUAAGUGAGGGCAUCAGUGCGGCCUCAACAAGGCCCGAGAUGCCACGUCAGAACUCAGACCCCACUUCAGACACCCCUGGACCUCCUCAGCGCAUCAUCGGCAGAGAGGAACGGGAUAGGGACAGGGACAAGGACAAGGAUCGAGACAGGGCUGCUUGGUUGAGAGAAGAGGAUAUCCCACCCAAGGUCCCCCAGAGGACCACAUCCAUUUCUCCUGCCCUGGUCAGGAAGAACUCUCCGAAUGGGGGUGUCGGACUGGGCCCUCGCACAGGUUCUCAGCUCAUACGUGCCAGUAAUCCAGACCUGCGGCGCUCUGAGCUCUCUUUGGACGCCAUGCUACAAAGAACCUCCUCCAACUCAUCAUCCUCCUCCUCCCCUUCAUCUCAGGGAGGCUCAGCCGAGAGGAGAGGCCAAACCAAGCAGGAAAGAUCCCCUCCAGGAGCCAAUAAUCAGGAGGCUAAACCCAAACAGGAGGAAGGUCGUGAAUCAGCCAGACCCAGCAGACCUGCAAGCUAUAAGAAAGCCAUAGAUGAGGAGGAGCUGGACUUAAGUGCUCUGGCAAAGGAACUUAGAGAACUGAGGGUGGAGGAAGGAAGCAGACCUCCAGUCAAGGUCACAGACUACUCAUCCUCUAGCGAAGAGUCAGAAAGCAGCGAUGAGGAUGGGGAGACGGUGGGGCAUGAUGGCACUGUUGCUGUUAGCGACAUCCCCCGCAUCAUGCCAGCAGUGCAGAGCAGUAGUGAGUCGUAUGGAGGGCUGGCAGAGGACACUCUGGGAGAUGCCUAUAAUAGCACCAAGGACGGGACUCUAGUGAUGGGAGAGUCAGAUGAAAGGAGGAGAGGUGGUCACACUGAAAGCAAUGGGUUUGGGAAUCAUGGUAACCAUGGAAACCUCCCUGACCUGGUGCAACAAAGCAACUCUCCCUCAGCCACACCUACCUCUGCCCUGCAGGAGCUGAGUGACAUGCCUGAGUUCGGUAUGGGUGGGUCCAAAGCAUCAUUCACCCCGUUUGUUGAUCCGCGGGUUUAUCAAACCUCCCCAAGUGAUGACAAUGAGAACUCAGCUGCAGCUAUGUUUGCCAAUGAGCUGCUGAGGCAGGAGCAGGCCCGACUAAACGAAGCCAGAAAGAUCUCUGUGGUGAAUGUCAACCCUACAAACAUCAGGCCCCACAGUGACACACCAGAGAUCCGUAAAUACAAAAAACGUUUCAACUCCGAGAUCCUGUGUGCUGCACUCUGGGGUGUGAACCUGCUGGUGGGUACAGAAAAUGGUCUGAUGCUGCUUGACCGAAGUGGACAGGGAAAAGUCUAUAACCUGAUUACCAGGCGGCGCUUCCUACAGAUGGAUGUGCUGGAGGGCCUCAACGUGCUAGUCACCAUAUCUGGGAAAAAGAAUAAGCUGCGUGUCUACUAUUUGUCCUGGCUGAGGAACAGAAUAUUACACAAUGACCCAGAAGUGGAGAAGAAGCAGGGUUGGAUUACUGUAGGAGAGCUAGAGGGCUGUGUGCAUUAUAAAGUUGUUAAAUAUGAGAGGAUUAAGUUCCUGGUGAUUGCACUGAAGAACUCUGUGGAAAUAUAUGCCUGGGCACCCAAACCCUACCACAAGUUUAUGGCCUUUAAGUCAUUCACUGAGCUGCAGCACCGCCCGCAGCUGGUUGACCUGACAGUGGAGGAAGGUCAGAGGCUAAAGGUCAUCUACGGCUCCAGUGUGGGUUUCCAUGUAAUUGAUGUGGACUCAGGCAAUCCUUACGACAUCUACAUCCCCUCACAUUGUGCCAAACAAAUGAAGAUCCAGAGCCAGGUGACGCCCCAUGCCAUUGUGGUUCUGCCUAAGACUGAUGGAAUGGAAAUGCUGCUGUGUUACGAGGAUGAGGGCGUCUACGUCAACACCUAUGGUCGAAUAACCAAGGAUGUGGUGCUACAAUGGGGAGAGAUGCCUACCUCUGUUGCCUAUAUCCAUUCUAAUCAGAUUAUGGGCUGGGGUGAGAAAGCCAUAGAGAUCCGCUCUGUGGAAACAGGCCAUUUGGAUGGAGUCUUCAUGCACAAGAGAGCCCAAAGACUCAAAUUCUUGUGUGAGCGGAACGACAAGGUAUUUUUUGCAUCUGUGCGUUCGGGAGGUAGCAGCCAAGUUUUCUUCAUGACACUCAACAGAAACUCUAUGAUGAACUGGUGAUGUGUGUCCUUGUCCACUCUGCCUCACUUCUCCAUCGGCCAGACAGACGACUCACCUUCGGCCCACCGCACAUCUCACAAGAGAAGCCGACUGGCUGAGACGCCAUAUAUAAACUCCUAACAGUGGAGAGACUCCUAGGAAAAAAUAAAAUAAAAAAAAAAAGAUGAAGAGACAAGUUAUUCUAGAUUAAGCCAUUGUAACUCAACUGACUGGCAAACUGGUGCCACUGGCUUUCCAAAUAUUCUCUUCUCUUUUUCUCUGUAAUCUUUGUUCUUCUUCAAUUCCCCCGUUUGUCUCUCUUCUUACCAAACAGACCGGUGCAUUCAAGUGUUCAGUAACAGUAGUGAUACACUGUACUCCUUCCUCUCUCUGUCUCCCCCUUUGUUCCUAUCUUUCUAGGUCUCCUCUCCUCCUGCCUGGUAGAUUUAGUUAGCACGUUUCCAGUCCCCCAACACUCAAAUCCUCCUUUUUCCUCACUUUAUUUUCCCCAACAUGUGUGAGCUUGUUCCCCCGCAAGCUACACCUCAGAGGUUGGAGCAGAAAGGAAUUAAUAGAAUUUCAUCCAAAUUUAAUUAUACUUCUGAAUAUGACAGCGCUGGGAGGGCAGCUGUGAGAUGACAAAUCUAGUCUGAAUGUAGCCGAGGAAAGCAGUCAGCCUGAUGGAUUUUUCUCUCCCUGUCUGCCACUCCCCUCUUCCUCCACGUCCUCCCCACACUAGCGUUUCAUUGUCUGACUAAACUGAAUUAUGAUUUACUGUUCAAUCGUAUUUCACUGAUAGAGAUGCUGUGACACACUCUGCUGUCAAGUGUGUUGUAAAAAAUAUGCAAGUACGAUGUAUUUGUCCCUUUAAAGUGAAGUCACUGGUCCAUCCUGUCAUCAUCCCUCCUUUUGUCUUCUUCUUGUCCUCCUCCUGGCACUCCUCCCACCAACAUCAUGACCUCUGUCUCUUUACUCUUUCGUCUUUAAAUUCUGAAGGUGCUGCAUCAGAUAUACUGUAAUAUUAAAUGAACAAUGCGAGUGUCAUUCUGUUCAUUCUGUCACUUUCUGUUCUUUUUUUCGUGGAACAGUUUGGAGUCAGUCAGUCUCUGAAGUUUAAAAUGUACAGCACAUCUGUGUCUCUGAAAUCAGGAGUGGAUGUUAGUAUGUGUGUGUGUGUUUGACUUGAUAUUGAAUUGGAUCCUGUUCAACUCAAGUCUGAAUCAACAAUUGAGUAAUUCAUUCUUUAUAUGUGAACUUUAACCUGAUGUGAUCAAAGCAAUGUUGAGUUUGUUUACAUGCGGAGGUAUAUUAUCUUCUUAGUGUGAAGUUUAUGAGUUGGUGUGUCUGAACAACAGCAACUGAACACAGCAAGAUUGGAGCAGGAAACAUAAAGAUGCAUAUAAACAGCUCAUCCUGAAUGGACCUCGACAGGAUUCGAGCCUUCAUCCCAAAUACUUGCGUGCAUGUGGAAUCACUCAUUAGAAACUUUGGUGUCCUCUUUUUUGGAUCAUUGUCCUCCCUGAUUGGUUCUUCUGAUUUUGGCUCCUAACUGUUUGUACAGUGCCUAGCAUGAUGUAAGCAAAACUUAAAUGGAGGCCAAAAGAUUGAUGUGCUCACAUUAUAAUUAAUUUUUUAUUUUUUAUUUUUUUUUUUAACGGGUGUUUUGAGGUCUGUGUAUUUAACACAUUACUGUUUAAUUUUUUCCUCCUCUACUGCAGAUGUGCAUUAACAUUUUCAAGACUUAAUUUGGUCUUUGAAAGGAGCAACUGAAUUUGGUGUGAUUAACCCCAACCACUUCCCUCCAAAUACCUCAUACAAUCCCUGAAGUCAUUUAAGAUUAAUUUUUGAACACUAGUAAAGGUGGUAAAAAUUGUGACCUGUCCUCCUGGAAGAGCUUUGUACUGCAGAUUAAUGUUUUCUGCUCAGUGGAUUUCUGCUCUACUGCAAUAACCAGGAGAUCCACUGACUGAUGGUUUCAAGAUACAACCAGAGAAACCUGGACAACUGCUGCCAUUCUGCUUUUUCUCAAAGAUACUGCAAUAUAUUUCUCUUAACAAAUGAACAAAUUCAGUAACUCUUUUAGUGCUCAUUUCAAGAUCAUUCUUUUAAAUUAUUAAAUGUUGUGUUUUCAAGGGGUUUUUACACUUCCAUACAGUAGCCGUACUUAAGGUGCAUUGAUCUGAACAGGCUAACAUUUUAGCAAUAAAGAGCCGAGCUGAAGAAGCCACUGUCUUCCCUGGAUUUGCACGCAUGCGUCUGAGUGUAUGUUUGCUGAUCAGGUGUGAAUGGGGCAUUAUUAAUGUGUUUUUUCACCAUGGAAGUCACUUUUUUUUUUCUUUUUAAUGCAGACCGUCAUUAACGCUGAGGUCUCUCCUUUCAAAGAUGAAAUCACUUAUUCUGGUUUAAUUUUGUGUUUUCUUUAUUUUAAAAGAGCAUUACUAAUGUCCUGUUUUUGGGAUUUAUUUGUUUUGUAAAAGAGAUGCCGUAAGAGAGAAAUAAAAUGAAACUAGCAUUA